AUGGGUGAAGCCUAUGACAUUGUAGUUGUGGGUGCCGGCUGGUUCGGUCUGGCUGCCGCCAAAGCCGCUUCUCAACUCAUGCCCGACGAGACGCUCGCGGUGCUCGAGAGCGCCGAGAGCUGCGGCGGCACCUGGUCGCGCAACCGCCUCUACCCGGGCCUCAAGUCCAACAACAUGGUCGGCACGUACGAGCACCCCGACUUCCCCAUGACGGAAGCGCGCUACGGCGUCAGGCCGGACACGCACAUCCCAGGCGCCGUGCUGCACCAGUACCUGACCGACUUUGCGCACCACUUUGGCUUCUUUGACCGGAUCCAGUUCCGCAGCAAGGUCGACGUCGUCGAGCCCGCGGACGGCGACGGCGGCAGCGCCUGGAAGCUGUCCGUCACGGGGCCCGACGGAAAGCGGCGCGAGGUCGCGGCCAAGAAGCUCAUCCUGGCGACGGGCCUGACGUCGACGCCCAACAUGCCCACGUACAAGGGCAGCGAGGACCUCGGCGCGCCGCUCUUCCACGCCAAGGACUUUUGCGCGCAGGCGCCGCGCCUCAUGGGCAGCGUCAAGAGCGCCGUCGUCGUCGGCGGCGCCAAGUCGGCAUACGACGUCGCCUACGCCAUGGUGCAGGACGGCGCCACCGUCGACCUCGUCAUCCGGGACAACGGCCACGGGCCCGUCUGGAUAGCGCCCGCGUUCGUCACGCCCUUCAAAACGCGCCUCGACCAGCUGCUCCUGGUCCGCUGGAUGACAUGGAUGGCGCCGUGCCCGUGGGGCGGCGAGGACGGCUUCGGCAGCGUCCGCGGCUUCCUGCACGGCACGGCGCUCGGGCGCUUCCUCGUGGACCUGUUUUGGAAGAUUCUCUCGGCGGACGUGGUUGGCGCCAACGGCUACGACACGCACCCGGAGCUCGCGAAGCUCAAGCCCUGGCACUCGGCGUUUUGGAUCGGCAGCGGGCUGAGCAUACUGAACUACCAGACGCCGUUCUUUGACCUGGUCAAGGACGGGCGGAUCAGGGUGCACAUAGGGCAGAUUGACCACAUGGAGCACAAGACCGUGGUGCUGGCCGACGGGACGAGGCUGCAGACUGAUGUGGUCGUGUGCUCGACGGGCUGGAAAAAGGAGUCGCCAAUCAAGUUCAACAACAUGGACGCUCCGACAAGGUUUGGCCUGGACGUGUCGGAUGCCGAGCUCGCCAAGCUCAACAAUAAGGCCGACGAGGACGUGCUCAAUCUGUUCCCGCGCCUGCGGUACCAGCCCAAGCUCCGCUUCACGCCCAAGGCCGGCGAGCCGCUGCGCCUGUACCGCUUCAUCGUCCCCUCGACGCACGUGUUCGCCCGCAGCAUCGCCUUUGCGGGGGCCGUCUCGAGCGUCAACACGGCGACGUGCGCGGCCGCGCAGGGCCACUGGAUCGCAGCCUACCUCUCCAACAGGCUCGACCGCCUGCCGAGCACCGGCGACGAGGUGUCAGACGAGAUCAUGCUGCACACCCAAUGGGGCAAGUGGCGCUACCCGUGCGGGUACGGCGCCAGCCUGCCGGAUUUUGUGUUUGAGGGCCUGCCGUACGUCGACUUGCUCCUGAGGGACAUGGGGCUGAGGAAUAACCGAAAGGGGAGCUUGUUCGCAGAGCUGACGAAGCCGUACCUCCCACGAGACUUUCGGGGAUUGGUCGAAGAGUGGAAGGCGUUGCAUGACGGGACCGGCAAGACGGCCUGA